AUGGCGGAGACCAUGUGGCCUGCAGGCAGCCAAGAGGUGCAAUGCGACCCCUUGUCCAACCUGGACCGAAUAUUUAAAGACUUCUGGCUCAAGCUCAAGCACAGACUGCAGCAAGGAGCUUCACAACCACCCACCCCAAGCUGCCCACCACUACAUCUGCCACCCGACCCACAGCAAGAACUAGCAGCCCAGGUGGGGCCCAAAACCGUGAGAUGGCGGCGGAUAGCCAAGUAUGUAUCUCACCCGCCUCAAGCACCCACUGUUUUCGGUUGCCACGGUCCAGCCAAACGACCCCUAUCAUAUCCGCUUGCUCACCACACCGCAACACGACUCCACCAGCAUCCACAGCAGCGCCCUGCACAGCCCCAACGAGGCAUCGGAUGA